AUGAAGCAGUUUGUAGCAGCACGCAGAAAGUCAAACGUUUAUUGUGUUAUCAUAGAAUAUCUCUUAGAGGGGUCUUUGAGGGCAUUCUUGCACAAGCUUGAGCAAAAAUCUCUUCCCUUACAAGAAUUAACCACUUUGGCUUUGGAUAUAGCUUGUGGAAUGGAGUACAUACACUCGCAAGGUGUUUUUCAUAUGAACCUCAUAUCUGAGAAUAUACUUAUUAAUCAAGAAUUCCAACUGAAAAUUGCUGAUUUUGGAAUUGCUUGUGAGGAGGUAUACCGUGAUCUUCUGGCAGAUGACCCAGGUAAUUAUCGUUGGAUGCCACCUGAGAUGAUCAAACGAGUGGGAAGAGAUUUACUGCAUUCAAGCAGGGAACCUCUAGACAUGAAUUUGAGACCAGUUUUCCCUAGGGACUGUCCUCCUGCCAUGGGAGCUUUAAUUGAGAAAUGUUGGUCUCUGAAACCCGAGAAGAGGCCCGAGUUCUGA